AUAAUAAUAGCAUUGUGUCAAAGUGUUUUAGAAUUAAUUUAAUCUCUACUAAAUGAGAUGCCUCUCAGUCCUAGAAAGAAUGAAAAUUUGUACAAUUCAAAUCACGCAGCUGUUUCUUUAGACUCUUUUUUGGGACUGUUAUCUUCCACUUAUGGUACAGAGCAACUAGAUUCAAGAAUAAUUUUUGAAAAAGAUCAAGUUAACUGGGCCAACAUUUCUGUUGAAAAUUUGAGAGCACUCCCUAGAAAAGAUGAUGUAGGCAAACGUCAUUGCGGAAAGGUAGACGUCAAAGUAAAUGCCGGUACAUCAACAACGAGUCUCAGAAAUAGGAACAUAGAUGGUGAAAUAGAUGAAACCCUUCUGUCCAUCAAAAGUUUGACUAGUCUCCAACAAAUAAAAAGUGAACUAGAUAACGCCACCAAAGAGUCGAAGUCUUUCCUCACAAAUAACGGUAAUGAAGAAGUAGUUGAAUGUGUUAGUAAGUCAUGUAAUUUGGAUGUUGUUAAACAAAAUGAAAUCGAAGAUCAAACCAUCACAGAAGAAAAUACUGGAGAUUAUACCCAAGUCAUGACACCUGUAUGUGGAUUCCGUGUGGACGAUAUCAAUAACCAAAUAAUUUUGGAUAUCCAGUUUGUACCAAAAGCUCCAAUUGAAAGCAAAAUUAUGCCAUCGUUUGACACUGGUGAGCCUAAUAUUUUGAUUAAUAUCAUAGACACAUUAAAGCCAAUGGAGUCCAGUGUAAGAAUAGCUAAAAGCAGUUUGGUAUCGAAAAUAAAAUAUUUCGAAGAAGUCGAAAAAGAGUUUGGGCUAGACAAUUUAGAUAUUAUUGUAAGAUGUAAUUUUGGGAUUUUUCAAUGGUUGUUGCAAUGGAUUUCGUCUGAAAUUCCAAUGUGUAAGCCCAAUUUAAACUUGGUAAAUUUGAAAUCUGUUCUGACGAUGGCCAAUCAUCUUGGCGUUGAAAAAUUGGUCCAGGAGUGUCUUGAUUUUCUUCGCCAAAAUAUUGAUAAAGUUCUCGAACUCGAUGAAGAUAUAGAGAAUGUGUUUCAUGAUGAAACAUUGUUGCUGGAAUUUGCCAAGAGGUUUUCUAACACAGACGUAGAGAAUUUAAAGCACGAGAGUCUUAGAACAAUGCUGUUCAUUACACUAAUUAAGAUGCUAGCCGAACCCGAGCCUUGUCAUAGUUUCGGCCAUUUUUACAGUCUUUCCACUAUCUUCCAGUGCGGAUUGUGUGAAAAGAUAAUGCACAACCGUUUGGCUAAGGAUAUACCAUGCAGAGCUGAUUGCACACAGAUGACUUUUGAUGGAAAGUUAGAGUUUCAUCACGAAUGUUCUUCCUCUUGGAAUCUGACUGACUACUUGACGAUCGUCUUUGACAAGCUGAGAGAUUGGAGAAUGGUAUAUUGGUACUUGUGGGGUAUGUGCCACUUCUUCUACUGCGAGAUAUGUUGUUCUUGGUACCCACUGGGUCUCAGUGACUGGUGCUCGUAUCACCCAGGGGAAGUGGAGUAUUUCCCGAUGGGUAACAACCUACAUCAUCCAAUUGGCACAUACAGAUGCUGUGGAGAAAAGGCAUUUAGAUUUGACGUGGUUAAGCAAAACUGCGGCUGUAAGUAUAAAAGCCACGUUACAAAGCUCGAUACAUUGGAAAAAGUUGAGAUGUUCAACAUACAUCAGGAACACAAAAAUGCUAUUAAUAUACCACCUAGAGAAGACAACUCUAAUGUAAAGAAAUUUGUAAAGCUAGUAAAGAAAUCCGAUGGCUCGUCGGAUUUGAAAACGGAAUCGCCAUCUGAGAAGUUUUGGUGGAGUGGGAUAAUCCUUUCUCCGGCAGAAAAGGCAGAUUAUUCCAUGAUUCCUUUAAGAGUUCUAAAUAUUUUGAGGAAUAGACAAGAGAAGAGGAAAGAGCCUAAAAUACAUUCCCCUUUAUCACUCGGAGCCCACAUUUCUUUUGGUGGCAUAAUUUCAUUGCAAUCAAAGAUUUCUGAAUGUGAAUCAGCGGUAGAAGAUACAUCUGCCGUUCUUAAAACUCCAAUUAACAAAAAGGUAAAACCUACUCUUUGUGUAAAAAAUGGGAAAUCAUCUAGCGUCUGUUUCGUACAAAAAGAUAAAAAUAAAAAGAAGAAAUCCUGUUCAAACAUGUAUCAACCAGUUGAGAUGAUGUGGAAUGAUGCUGAAUCAAACAAGGAUAACCAAGACAACCAAAGAGACUUUGAGGAGAUAUCAAUGCGGAAGCUGGUCCAAAUGCUGACACCAGCGGAUUGUUCUGGACCAAGUAAGGACAUCUCUGCUGGCUCGUAUAUUCGUCUCGAGACAGAAUGGUGGCAAAGAAACUGCGGGUCACACUCCAACAAAAAUUCUAGUACGGUUGUCAACAGAACAUUUCCAUUGUCUUGGUUCAGAAAAUUAACUUUGUAAAAUUAAGAAUUUGUAUGUGGUGUACAAAUUGGUUAGUGUGCGGUUUAAUUAACACAGUUUUUAAAGUCUGGAGACACCUUACAUUUUUUAUGAAAUCAUCCCCAUUUUUACAUGGGAACUGCAUUCCUCUUAACC